GUCUGACCGUGUGGGAAAAACUAGGCCAUUCUUCGAGGGAUUUGACGAACAUCGUAUAGCUUGAAAAUGGAUUUAAAUGAGACAAGUUUGUUUGUUGUGUCUCCAGAAAAUCUAGGAUAAGCUACCAUGGAAAAGUGUGGAUAAAACCUAAUUUCUCCUCUGGAUUUUGUUAGAAUACCAGUGGGAUUGAAGGAGUUUUGUUACCACCUGUUGUUGUUUCUGUUGUGCUAAAUUUAAAUAAGUUAUUUUGUUGAAACAGUGUGAUAAGUUUUGUUAAUAAAAAUGUCUGGAUCAUCAAGAACACAAAACCCACACGGGUUAAGACAGAUAGGAUUGGACCAGAUUUGGGAUGACCUACGCGGUGGCAUUCAACAUGUUUAUAGACGGCAGAGUAUGGCUAAGACUCGAUACAUGGAACUCUACACACAUGUCUAUAAUUAUUGUACAAGUGUCCACAACCCAGGUCAAGGUGGUCAACAGCAAGCCAGAGGACCUGCUGGGCGUCGCCAAAGACCUCCCACUGGAGGAGCACAAUUUGUUGGCCUAGAGCUAUAUAAGAGACUGCGAGAGUUCCUCAAAUCCUAUCUCGUCAACUUGUUAACAAAUGGGCAAGAUCUGCUGGACGAACAAGUGUUGUCCUUUUACACCAAGCAGUGGGAGGACUAUCAGUUCUCGAGUAAAGUGCUGAAUGGUGUGUGUGCCUACCUCAAUCGUCACUGGGUUCGACGUGAAUGUGAUGAGGGUACCAAAGGCAUCUAUGAAAUCUAUUCUCUUGCACUUAUAACCUGGAAGGACAAUCUAUUCAAGCCUCUGAACAAACAGGUAACAAAUGCAGUGCUAAAGUUAAUUGAGAAGGAACGAAAUGGAGAAACCAUUAAAACUGGCCUAGUGAGUGGUGUCAUCAACUGCUAUGUGGAACUUGGUCUAAAUGAAGAAGACCCUACAGCUAAAGGGCCAACAUUGACAGUUUACAAAGAAAACUUUGAGUCCCCCUUCCUGGAUGAUACAGAAAGGUUCUUCACUCGAGAGAGUACAGAAUUUCUACGUCAGAAUCCAGUUACAGAAUAUAUGAAAAAGGCCGAAGCUCGGUUGAUGGAAGAGCAGAAGCGUGUCCAGCUGUAUCUGCAUGAAAGCACACAGGACGUCUUAGCACGCAAGUGUGAAAAAGUCCUCAUUGAGAAACACUUGGAGAUUUUCCAUUAUGAGUUUCAGAAUCUGCUUGAUGAUGACAAAAAUGAUGAUCUGGGGCGUAUGUACCAAUUAGUGUCAAGGAUUCAAGAUGGGCUUGGAGAGCUAAAAUCCCUUUUGGAGACCCACAUUUACAACCAGGGAGUGGCUGCUAUAGACAAAUGUGGAGAAUCAGCCCUUAAUGAUCCAAAAGUGUAUGUUCAGACUAUCCUUGAUGUCCAUAAGAAGUACCAUGCUCUCGUCAUGACGGCCUUCAGUAAUGAUGCUGGAUUUGUUGCUGCCCUUGAUAAGGCCUGUGGCAGGUUCAUUAACAAUAACUCUGUAACCAAGCUAGCCAAUGCUUCCAGUAAAUCACCAGAGCUACUGGCACGAUACUGUGACCUACUUCUCAAAAAGAGUUCAAAGAACCCAGAAGAGGCAGAACUUGAAGAUACCUUAAACCAAGUUAUGGUGGUUUUCAAGUACAUUGAGGACAAGGAUGUGUUCCAGAAAUUCUACAGCAAGAUGCUAGCCAAACGGCUUGUACAACACAUGUCUGCCAGCGAUGAUGCUGAGGCUAGCAUGAUCUCCAAGCUAAAGCAAGCUUGUGGGUUUGAGUACACAUCAAAGUUACAGCGCAUGUUCCAGGACAUCAGUGUCAGCAAAGAGCUUAAUGAUCAAUUUAAGGAUCAUCUCAAAAAAUCAUCGGAGGAUGAACUCGACAUUGACUUCAGUAUAGAAGUUCUGAGUUCUGGAUCAUGGCCAUUCCAACAAUCGUCGUCAGCUUUCUCUUUACCUCAGGAGAUGGAAAGGAGCUUCCAAAGAUUUACAUGUUUCUAUAGCAAUCGUCACAGUGGUCGAAAACUGAAUUGGUUAUACCACAUGUCUAAAGGCGAGUUGGUGACGCAUUGCUUCAAAAACAGAUACACUCUACAGGCGUCAACUUUUCAAAUUGCCGUCCUUCUACAGUUCAACACUACAGACUCUAUGUCUGUUCAACAAGUACAAGACAGUACACAGAUCAAAAUGGACACUCUUGUACAAGUACUGCAGAUCCUGUUGAAAUCCAAACUACUGGUGACCGAAGAUGAUGAGAACUCUCUUUCGCCCUCUACACAGCUUUCGCUAUACUUUGGCUACAAAAAUAAAAAGCUUCGUGUGAAUAUCAAUGUCCCCAUGAAGUCUGAAGUGAAGACUGAACAAGAGGCAACACAUAAACAUAUAGAGGAGGAUAGAAAGCUUCUUAUACAGGCGGCCAUAGUUAGGAUAAUGAAGAUGAGGAAAAUGUUGAAACAUCAACAGUUACUGGCUGAAGUGCUCAACCAGCUUUCUUCUCGAUUCAAACCCCGUGUUCCUGUUAUUAAGAAAUGUAUAGAUAUCCUGAUUGAGAAAGAGUAUCUUGCUCGUGUGGAAGGACAGAAGGACACAUACAGUUACCUAGCCUAAUUGGAGGUGCCUUUCUGUCUGUCAAAGUCAGACCUGGACUAGUGAGAUUAGAGUGGGUGAUUUGCAUUUAUUUGUUUCAUCUUAAACAAUUGCAAUCACACUGAACAGGAUGGAGAGUUUUCAGAGGAUAAUUGAGAGACUGUGAUUACUGAAGUAUUAUAGCAGACUUCUCUGUUUUCUUCUUUUAUCGUGGACUGAUGGAAAGCUAGAAUUUUCUUACUGUCAGUACAGAUGAACAGUUCUUUGGACAACUGUAAGAAUCUGAAAUAUACCGAAAAACUGUAUGUUUUGGUAUUUUGGGAAAGGUCUUUGGGGAAAAAGAAAUGAUAUUUCAUACAAUAUCCAGAAGAAUCGUAUGGGAAUUGUGAUUGGAAGAGAAAUGUAUUUUUAAAUAAAAUGACAAGGGAUGCAUAAACUUGGGGGUAACUCCCCUUUCUUUAAGACUUGAGCUGGUAAAGGACAUGUACAAAGUGUUUUCUUUUCUGUGAAAGGAGACAAGGUACCACAAAGACAUAUUUAAGAUUAUCUGGAACAAAGUAAUGAAUUAGUUGAAUGAAAGGUUAUAUAUGCAGGAUGUUUGUGAGCAAAGCUUGUUUUGUUUUUUGGGUUUUUUUUUUACUAAAGUUCUGGAAAUGUGCUGUUUGACUAAUGUUCAAACAUUAAUUUGGUACUUUGCGAUGAGAUGACGAACAUCUCCAGUGUCACUGAAGAUGUGACAUUGUUUAGUUGUCACAUGUAAGAAAUUUUCAUGGAUUACAGCUCGCGACGUGAUACAUUUGUUGCUGGUGUUGUAGCAUUUUUUCUGGUACUGCAACAAGUCUCAUUUUAGCAGACCUCUGUAACAAUAACUUUUGUAAUAUCAUGGAAUACAUUGUUUGUAUAGAUUUGACUAAAUUUUUAUGUGAAAGUUAGUGAUGCAUUGGCGAGUGUCCUGAUGUGUGUGCGAUGUCAUUGUUGUGUAUCACUGGAUUCAACACAACACUACUGAAGUCAUAUGUACAUUUCAGAUAUAUUUAUUUCUCGAGGCAUCAAAAUGCUUAUGAUUGCAAGAAAUUUGUAAUGUCUUUUAAGAGAAGGAUGUUAAUUCUCUACAAAAAAUAUCUGAUAUUUACUUAAAUUCAUUAAUAUUUCUGAUAAUUUUAGAAAUUAAGGGUUAGUUAAGAAGCUGGAACUUAUAGACCAGUGUUAACUGAAGCUGGUUGUGAUUGUAAUAAAAAUUAAAUUAUUCUGUAUUAUUACUGUCAAUUAAUUUGGAUUUCAAAAGAAUGAUCAACAGAUAAAGAAAGACACAAUUACAGCUGAAACUUCAAAGUUUUUGAUUAAAAGUGAAACAAUUUUCACAAAAUGUAUUUGUUCUUUCAGUAGAUUCUUACUUAAUAACUUUUGUUGGGAACAUAUUUCUUUUAUCAUGAUACCAUCAAUCAUUUGAUUUUGUCAGUCUCUCAUCGAAUACAUUGCAGUCUUUUACAUACAUUGCUGUGUUAUGUCAUAGAUAUCACUUAAAAAUUGCUUACAUUGAAUACAACAGUGUUUGAUUACUGUUGUGAUUUCAUCAGUUAAGAUUAAGAUAUUUUUAACGCAGUCCCAUGAACAUUAACUAUUUUUUCUAUGUUGUUAGAUCAACAAAACCAAAAUAUACAAUGUGAUUUAAGUUCAAAUAUAAAAUUUGAUGAAGGAAAUGAACUUUUGUAGCUUGUAAUAAAAUUGAUAUCCCUGUUGGCCACGGCUCAUCAACUCCUAUCUAAAAUACUUGUAAUUAUGCUGCUCUGUCCGGUUGUGUCCAUCUUGAUACCAACAAAAAUCUUUGUACAUGAGGUCAAGCAGUGCAUUCUCUAAGCCAGUUGGAUGAAUUGAAAGCAAUGGAAGAGGCCUCGGAGGAUAAUUUGUUUUUGUAUUUUGACAUUCAUGCAUAAAAACGAAAUUGAAUGUAUAAAGUUUGGUAAAAGUGUAGACAUUGCUUUAGCUAUACAAGUGCUUAAAAAGUUAGUCACAAAGUUUUGAUGGCAAUAUUCUGUUACAUGUACAAACUGUUGUGUCAACAUAUUUUCCUAGUGUUUGAGCUAAAUCUACUGGUUUGAGAGUUGUUGAAUGAUCCUGAUUGUGUCUUCUGCAUGUUAGUGUAGUAGUAUGAGAGAAUUGAUUGUUAUGGAGAUAUGAAUCCAAGUUCUGAAAGAAACCUUUUUCUCCCAUCUUCUUUUGUUUGAUACAUAGCUGAAAAAGAGGAGGUAUGUUUGUAUUGCCUACCAGAUAAGAUUUUUAUAAGAAUAUGUUCCACUGUGACUUAUUUUCCACGGUAGCUUAUUCUUUAGUGUGCUGGAAAUAAAACCAUCGAGAAAAGAGUGAGUGUGAACGUUGUUUAGAGAAAUGAAUUAUUUAUUUGACUCCGAAGUGUAGUGCUGGAAGAGCUCUGUGCUUUUUUGUUUCACUGUAGACUUGAUUGAAGGGUAAACCGCUGUGCACAGUUAUUUUCAACCUGUUUGUUUUCAUCCUUUCUAAUCUCAUGCAUUUUCUAAAAGAGGGGUUGAAUUUGAUGGCCUUACUUUGUAUUUUGCUGCAGCUGUUUGCAUAUAUUGACUUACUUUCUCCAUAUCAGUUUUAGUUACCAUGAAUUCUACAUUAUAUUUUUCAUUCAAGAAAGUUCAGAAUUCAAUGUAGAAGUAAAGUGAUGAAUUUUCUGCAUUCUCAUGAAAAGAUAACAUGCAUCAUUAUGCCUUUGUUUUGGUUAAAAGGGCAUAAAUUGAUGUAAGAUUAACCCACUAUAAAUCUGUUUUUAGGAAAAGAUAUUGUGAUUUAUGGUACAAAACAUUCAAAAUGUCACUGAAGAAUUUGAAGAAUAUAGUUUAAAAACCAAAACCAAAAGCUGUAUUGAAAAUAAAAAGAUGAUUUGUAUCUAAUGUGUAACAGACGACUGGUAUGUUGGUUGUUUAGUCGAUACUGGAAUAUUACACUAUUUAUACCACAGAUGAUUCUGUUUUGUUUUUGCUUCUUCAAACGGUAUUUGCACUUGUUUACAAGAAAUCAGGAUGGUAAGAAAGAAAAGAACAUUUUAUGAUGUAUGUUUCAAUAAAUUUACAGUGAUAAAUCACAA